UAAUUUUUAUAGAAGAGAGAUGGCUGAGAUGGGAGUUGGAAUUGAAGAUGUGGUUGAGCUUGAGCAGCAGCAGCCCUAUAGAACUGGCUAUCAUUUUCAACCCCCAAACAAUUGGAUGAACGAUCCUAAUGGACCAAUGUACUACAAGGGAGUAUACCACUUGUUCUAUCAAUACAAUCCACGAGGUCCAAUUUGGGGUAAUAUAGCAUGGGCACAUUCAAUAUCAUACAAUCUCAUCGACUGGGAUCAUGUUGAUAUAGCCUUGAGCCCUACUGAUCCAGAGCUCGACAUCAAUGGCUGCUUCUCUGGUUCCACCACACUCCUUCAAGAUGACAAGUUAGCCAUUUUAUACACUGGAAAAAACUGUAGAAACCACCAAGUCCAAAACCUAGCCACACCUGUAAAUCUCUCGGACCCUUUUCUCAGGGAAUGGACUAAAUCUUCCCUCAACCACAUGACCCCAAACGACAUUGACCCAACAAAGUUUAGAGACCCAACAACCGCUUGGUUGGGCCCUGACAACAUGUGGCGAACCGCAAUCGGAGCCAAGAUGGUUACUGGAAAAUGGGUUCCUCUUCUGUACACGAGUAGUGACUUCAAGCACUGGACUCGCUCGACCAAGACUCCAUUUGGGUUGUUAUUAGAGAAUAAUGAGUUAGUUUUGGAGUGUGUUGAUUUUUUUCCUGUGGGAAUCAACAGCUCAGAUGGUGACAAUCGUUACUCAAAUAAAGAUCAAUAUAAGAAUAAGUUUGCUCUGAAAGUGAGCUUCCAACACAACGAACGUGAAUGUUAUGUACUUGGACAAUAUUCUCCUGAGAAAGAAGAGUUCAAAGCUGAGAGUAGUGACUUUAAUUUCAGAAUAGAUUAUGGGAAAUUUUAUGCUUCGAAAUCGUUCUAUGACCCUGAAAAGAAGAGGAGAGUAAUAUGGGGUUGGAUCAUGGAGUCUGAGAGUAGAGCUGAUGAUAUCAAAAAAGGCUGGUCUGGGCUCAUGUCAUUUCCUAGAACUAUUGUUCUUAGUAAAUCUGGGAAGCAAUUAGUACAAUGGCCAAUAAAAGAGAUUGAAAAACUAAGAGGUGAAGAAGUUAGUGUCCACAACAAGGAACUUUAUUUCGGCUCAAUCUUUGAAAUUUCCGGUAUCACACCUUCACAGGCGGAUGUGGAAGUGUCAUUUCAAAUUGAUGUAGAUGAACUAAGGGAGGCUGAGCCAAUGGAUCCAAGUUGGGUGGAUCCUCAAGUGCUUUGUGAUGAGAAAAAUGCAAGUGUAAAAGGCAUAUUUGGGCCCUUUGGUUUGAAGGUUUUGGCUUCUGAAGACUUAUCAGAACAAACUUCAAUCUUCUUUCGCAUAUUCAAAAUCAAUGACAAUGAGUAUAAAGUUGUAAUAGGAAGUGACCAAAGCAGGUCUUCAUUAAGAGAUGGGCUUAACAAAACCACAUAUGGUGCCUUCUUAGAUUUGGAUCCUCGUCUAGAGAAAAUAACAUUAAGAACCUUGAUUGAUCAUUCAAUUGUUGAGAGUUUUGGAGGAGAAGGGAGAAGUUGUAUUACUGCAAGAGUUUAUCCAAAAUUGGCAAUUAAUAAAGCAGCCCAUUUAUAUGCAUUCAACUAUGGAACAAAGAGUGUUAAAAUCUUUAACCUCAAGGCAUGGAGUGUGAAUAAUGCUCAAUUUGUGACAAGGAGAGAAGAAAGAAACCACUAA